CGUCUACUGACUUCGAUUUCCGACUGAGGGAUGCUGUAAUCUCCGCAAAUUUUAUAUUCGUUAUAUUCCUGAAGACGACAAGAGACGUGCUAAACGCAACAGAAAUCGCAACAGUAACAGCAGCAGCAGCAGCAGCAGCGGCAGCAGCAUCCGGUUAACAGGGCAGAAGUUGCUCGCGAAGCAGAAAAGCUCGCUACAUUGCGGUUCAACGUAGAACCCACGACCCACAACCAACAACAACCUACGUGCCUAUGAGUGGGCGAGUUGGUGUACAUGUCUGGCAAUGUAUUUGACAGCCUUUCCCUUUUGGCCAUUGGUUUGCUUUGUGUGGCUCUGUCUCGGUCUUGGCGACUUAACCAAACUUGCUGUGAAACGUAAUGCGCCCCAUUAUGGAGUUCAACCGACAAACGCACUGGGUCGUUGGGAUUGGCAUAAGCACAAGCAGUUGAACUCGGAUGCCAGAGUUCCGGGUCACUUAGAGACGGAGACGGAGAACGAGAACGAGAAGGAGUCUCGAGAGGAUCAGCUGUCCGAGGAGUUGAGCAAGUUCGGCGAGAAGCUCUUUCCCGUCUCCAACUAUCCGCCCUAUCAGAAUCACCAUAACGAGGACAGCCAGGAGGUGCAUCACAGUGGCGAGGGACGAGUGCCCACAAUGGAGUCGCCGCCAGUGCCCUCCUCGAAGGCGCGAGCACCUGGCGGGGGCGCCACCUCCAGCGACACGCCCAAAUUCCGGAACAUUGGGGCGCAGAAGAGUCGCACGGAGAUCGUGGGUCAGAGGGAAGUGGAUCGAAUCGGUUCCCGUGGCCGGGAUGGAUUCAUAGGUGGGCCGAGCAACAAACAAAAGCCCUUCCGCGUCAACAUGGCCGUCCUCGUGCAGGACGAUCCCAGCCAGCCGGGCGAGACGUAUGCCAAUUGCCAGAACUCGAACGAGAACUCGGGCGAGAAUGCGGCGUGCAACAACGAGGAGGAUUCGAUGCCCAAUUUGCAGCGAGACUGCGAAAAGACGGGUCUGCAUGUGAUGUGCCCGCGGACCUUUCGCUGCAUCAGCAAGUACUGGCUGUGCGACGGCGACGACGACUGUGGCGACUACUCGGAUGAGACGCACUGCGGCGCCAGGACGAACUGCACCGACGAUCAGUUCGAGUGCCUGAACGGAUUCUGCAUUCCGAGGACGUGGCUGUGCGAUGGCGAGAACGACUGCAAGGACUUCUCGGACGAGUCGCUGUGCAAUCGCACCAGCUGCACGGACGAGCAUUUCACCUGCAACGACGGCUACUGCAUCUCGCUGGCCUUUCGCUGCGAUGGCGAACAGGACUGCAACGACAACUCCGACGAGAUGAAGUGCGCGGCGGUGAUCAACAGUUGUCCGGAGGGGGAGUUCAAGUGCCGCGGCGGACUGGGCGGCGCCGGCGGGCCCAGUGGCCAGUGCAUCCUCAAUCGGUUCCGCUGCGAUGGCGACAACGACUGCGGCGACUGGAGCGACGAGGAGAACUGCCCACAGAAGCCGUCGCUGUGCACCUCCAACGAGUACAAGUGCGCCGAUGGUACCUGCAUCCCCAAGCGCUGGAAGUGCGACAAGGAGCAGGACUGCGACGGCGGCGAGGAUGAGAACGACUGCGUCAGUCUCAGUUCGGAGCACCCCCUGACCUGCGGAUCCGACGAGUUCACCUGCAACAAUGGUCGCUGCAUUUUGAAAACCUGGCUUUGCGAUGGUUAUCCAGACUGCACGACUGGAGAGGAUGAGGUAGAGUGUCACCUACAAUGCGACCUGGGGCAGUUUUUAUGCCCGACAAAACAGAACAUUACAAAUCUUAAAAUUUGUGUUCAUCAGAAGCACAUUUGCGAUGGCCACAACGAGUGUCCUGCCGGCGAGGACGAGGCGGACUGUCCCAAGGAGCGGAAGUGCCCGGAGCCCAGUCCAUGUGAGCAGCUCUGCAUUGAGACCCAUGCGGGUCUGGAUGAGUGUGCCUGUCGACUGGGUUAUGUGAUGGACAAAAACAAGGUCAACUGCACGGACAUCGAUGAAUGCCAGUACCUGACCAGUCCGGUUUGUUCGCAGAAGUGUCACAACACAAUGGGCUCCUUCAAGUGCUCCUGCGAAACGGGCUACAUCCUGAGGCCGGACUUGAGGUCCUGCAAGGCACUGGGCGGGGCCAUGACCCUGCUGGUGGCCAACCGAUGGGACAUUCGUCGGGUGACGCUGAGCAACAAUCGCUAUACGGCCAUUGUGAAGGGACUGCACAACGCCAUCGCUUUGGACUUCCACCAUCGCAAGGGACUGAUGUUCUGGUCGGACGUGUCCACCGACGUCAUCAAGAUGGUCUACAUGAACGGGACGAGGGUGCGGGAUGUCAUCAAGUGGGGCCUGGAGUCGCCGGGUGGCAUAGCGGUGGACUGGAUUCACGACUUGCUCUUCUGGACCGAUUCGGGCACACGCCGUGUGGAGGUUUCCAACUUUCAGGGCAACCUGCGCACGGUCAUCGCCUCCUAUGACCUGGACAAACCUCGUGCCAUUGUGGUGCAUCCGGGCGAGGCACUGGCCUUCUGGAGCGACUGGGGACCCAAUCCGAAGAUCGAGCGUUCCUACAUGGACGGCAGCCAGCGGAAGGUGAUCAUCUCGAAGGGUGUGACCUGGCCCAAUGGCCUGGCCAUCGACUUUCCCAACAGCAAGAUUUACUGGGCCGAUGCCAAGCAGCAUGCCAUCGAGUGCUCCAAUCUGGAUGGCACCGAUCGGAACAAGGUGCUCAGUGACCAUCUGCCACACCCGUUCGCGUUGACCCUGUUCGAGGACACCAUGUACUGGACGGAUUGGAACACCAAGACGGUGUCGGCAGCGGACAAAAUAACGGGCAAGGAAUUUCGAGCGGUGCACGAGAACUUCCAUUUCCCCAUGGACAUCCAUGCCUAUCAUCCUGCCCGUCAGCCGGAGUACGCCGAUCGUUGUCAGAAGGAUCGUCGGGGAUUGCGAGGAGGUUGCUCCCAUUUGUGUCUGCCGAACAAGACCUCCAGGAGGUGUGGCUGUCCCAUUGGUCUCUCCCUGAAGGAGGAUGGAAAGACAUGUAAGAGUACGGCGGAUAAACUGGUACUGGUGGCCCGGCGAAAGGACAUCCGAUUGAGGCACCUCAAGAACAACCAGGCCGAUCCCAACGAAGUGGACAUGAUAGUGCCCCUGGACAACCUGAAACACGCCGUCGCCCUGGAUUGGUGCAGCGACACGGACUUCAUCUACUGGACGGACGUGGAGCGGAGCACCAUCAACAAGGCCCAUCUCAAUGGGAGCUAUCAGCAGCGGGUGGUCCACUCCAACUUGGUGUCCCCCGCGGGCUUGGCCCUGGACUGGAUCACCGAUAAGCUCUACUGGACAGACCCAACAACGAAUCGCAUCGAAGUCGCCACAACGAACGGAAAGAUGAGGACACUGCUCAUUUGGGAGAAACUUUACAAGCCACGGGAUAUCGUUGUCAACCCAAUUGAUGGCUUUAUGUUUUGGUCGGAUUGGGGUGACGAUCCCAUGAUUGAACGUGCCAAUAUGGACGGACAUGACCGCGUUAUUAUAUCAUCGAAAAAUUUAAUUUUUCCCAAUGGACUGGCGAUUGAUUACGAGAAGAGUAAACUCUACUUUGUUGACGGUGGCACAAAAACAUUGGAGUACAUGAACUUUGAUGGCAGUGGCCGCCAAGUUAUUAUAAAUGGACUUGGUCAUCCCUUCGGCUUGGAUGUGAGCGAGGGCCGUGUGUUUUGGACGGAUUGGGAUACCAAGUCAGUGAUGAGCGCCGACAAGCUGACGGGCAAGGAAACGAAUGUGAUUAUUGCGAACAGUACGGAUCUGAUGGACAUCCGGGUGUUCCAUCGCACACGGAGGCGCAUCUUCAAUGCGUGCGACAAGCUGAACGGCGGAUGCUCGCACCUGUGCCUGCUCAAUCCCACCAGCUACACGUGUGCCUGCACCGUGGGCGUCCAGCUGAAGGAGGAUCGGCACACGUGCUCCGAGGGACCCUCCCAGUACAUACUGUUCGCCCACAGGAUCGACAUACGGCAGAUAUCGCUGGACUUUGAUCACCUGAUCGAUGUGGUUCUGCCACUGCCGCCCAUUUCCAAUGCAGUGGCCCUGGACGUGGACAGGCAGACGGGUAACAUCUUCUGGUCGGACACCAUUGAGAACGUGAUCAUGAGCUCCAGUCCCGAUGGUCUGCAUGUGCACAAAGUGGUCGGCGAUAGCCUGGAGAAUCCGGACGGCCUGGUGGUCGAUUCGAUUGGCCGGACCAUUUACUGGGCCGACGCGGGUCGUCACACCAUCGAGGUGGCCAGCUUGGAUGGCAGCAAUCGGCAUGUGAUCGCCUACAAGGAUCUGGAAUCGCCGCGCGGCCUGGCCCUCGACUACGAGGCUGGCCUAUUGUUCUGGACCGACUGGGGCCACAAUCGCAAGAUCGAGCGCUCCCACUUGGAUGGCAACGAGCGGUCCCGCAUCGUCACUGCCAAUCUGGGCUGGCCAAACGGACUGUCGCUCGAUUUGAAGAGUAAGCGAAUCUACUGGGUCGAUGCACGCCUCAAGAGCAUUGACUCGUGUGAUUAUACGGGCAAUCAGCGCAAGUUAAUCAUGUCCUCGCUGCAUCAUCCGUAUGCGUUGGCCCUUUCGGAGGAUAGCAUCUAUUGGACGGACUGGAAGUCGAAGGCCUUGCACAUGACCGAAAGACGCAACAUUACGGCAAAGCGGGACAUAAUCACCAAUAUCGACGGACUGAUGGACAUCAAGGUCAUCUAUCAGGAUCAGGCGAUGGUCGAAAAUGUCUGUGGUCGCAAUAACGGUGGCUGCUCGCACCUCUGUCUCCGCAAUCCAUCUAAUUUCUCCUGCCAGUGCCCCAUUGGACUGCGAUUGCGUCAGAAUAGCACUACGCAAUGCCAGAAUUUGCCAGAGGAUUAUCUUCUAAUCGCCUUGCGCUCUGGAAUUGGCAUGAUUUCUUUGAAUUCUGGAGAUUUUAUGGACGUCGUUUUGCCCAUAAAUGGCGUUCAUGGAGCAGUUGUCCUCGAUUACCACUACCGAAGAAACUUGCUCUUCUUUGCCGAUGUGAAUCUGGACGUCAUUCGGAGGGUUAACCUUUUGAACUUGACCGAAAGCAAGGUGAUUGUGGGCACGGAUGUGCUAACGCCCAACGGAAUUGCUGUCGACUGGAUUGCGGACAACCUAUAUUGGUCGGAUACCGAUCGCAAACUAAUCGAAGUAUCUCGUUUGGAUGGAAGCUCUCGCAAAAGGAUUGUCGAGGAUAAUUUGGGUGACCCGCGCUCACUCAUUGUACAUCCUAAGAAAGCCUAUUUGUUCUGGUCAGACUGGAGUUCACCAGCAAAAAUUGAACGUAGCUACUUGGAUGGUUCAAAUCGAACCGUUCUGAUUACUUCUGGAAUCGGUUUUCCAACAGGCCUGACAAUUGAUUUUAGUAAUCGGCGAUUACUUUGGGCCGAUGCUUUGGAGGACAACAUUGGCCAAGUGGACUUCAAUGGGAAGCGCCGUCAAACGAUUGUUCCAUACGCACCGCAUCCAUUUGGCCUGACUAUGUUCGACAGUAGUAUAUACUGGACCGAUUGGUACAACAAAUCAGUGUACCGAUCCCAGCGCCUGCCACGAACUGGAUUCGGGAAUCCCUUCGAGGUGCGUGAUGCCCUCAGUGGAGCACUGGAUAUCCGUGCCGUUUCGCUGAGCCGGCAGCCCAAGAGUUGGAACCACUGCGCCCAGGACAACGGAGGGUGCACCCAUCUCUGUCUCUAUCGCUAUGUGGACUACGUGUGCGCCUGCCCCGACAUUCUGGAUGCCAAGGAGGCGGCAUGCUCGACCAAGCCCAAGGUUUUGGUGCAUGCCAGCUUGGAGAACGACCAGCUGCUGGAGUACUCGGACGAGUCCACCGAUGAUUCCACGCCCACGGAGCAACUGGGCGAUGUCGGUAACCAGGAUGGUGAUAAUCACACGAAAAAGAGCGACCAGGAACGGGAGUUCUUCGUCCUGGUGGCACUGGGCGUGGUCAUUGUUAUGGUUGUCAUCAUAAUACUCGUGAUUUUCAUGCUGGCCUUCAACACGAGCAAGAAAAAGAACAAACGCAACUCCCGCGGUUCCAGUCGAUCAGUAUUAACCUUCUCGAAUCCAAACUAUAAUGUCGAUGGAACGCCAAUGGAGCCCAAGACGAACAUAUGGAAGCGUUUCAAAUACGACAAGUCUCAUGAACGAGCAGGGGUCUAUGAAGAGCGCAGUCUUACCACGGAGACGGCUUCCUCGAGCCUUUUUGUUCCGACGCCAUCGCCCAUGGCGUCGCCCUCAACAAAAACAAUCCAACUGACAACGCUCUCGACUAUCACAUAGCUGGCAUAAAUAGUUCAAAAGGCCCUCCAUAAGGGAAAAGGUCCUUAAAAGCAAACGAUCGAUCGAUCAGUCGAUCAAUCUACUCGAUACCGACUCCUGCAGUUUGGAUUCUUUGAUUGUAAAUGUGUGUGUGUGUGUGCGUGUGUGUGUGAGUGUGUGGAAGCAAACUGUUUUUAAUUUUUGCCCAGCAACAACAAAUUCAGUGAAUCAGUUAACUUUUGUUUGGUUUUUUUUUUGUUUUUUUUUUUACAAGUGCAUCCAUGUCCUGUUAAAGCUCGAAAGGGGAUUUAAGAUAAUACGAAAUAUAUUAUAUUAUAUGAUAUAUUAUUCAAUUAUGUAAUCCAUAAAUUAUUUUCCUAUUUUCUAACAAUAGGUAAUAACUAUUAAGUAAUUCGGGUGCUUCGACUUUGAACAAAGAAAUAUCCUACUACUACUGGGCGCAUUUUUUUUUUUCUUUUGAUGAUAACCAAUUGAAAUGUCCAUAACUUGGUUUACAUACAUAUUAAUCUGUUUGCCAAUGAUAAAAUCAUUGUUAAAACCAAACAUUAAAAACACAAAGGAAGUGUGGAAGUUUUUAAAGAGAUUUCCCUCGCAGAACUAUGUCGAAAAACUACUGUGCGUCUGUAAGCCAAAUUAAAAGGCUAGCUCUUAUAUUAUAAGUGCUAGACCGUCGAUCUAAGUCUGUAUGAAAAAUUGUACAACAUAAUUAAUAAUGAAUGUUAAUGAGGCGUCAAUGUUUUUUUUUUUUCAAAGCCCAAGAAUGUAAGCACCGUUCGGUUAAGUGGUUAACACAAAUGUUAUUAAACUGGUUUAGCUAAAAAAUAAUGAUGAUAAUGAUGAUUUUCACAACAUGAAGACCGCGGGCUUAAUUCCAUUCAGGGCUUCAGCAAGAUAUCUGGCAACUUAAGUUUUCUAUCAGUGUUUGUAAAUAUAUUUUAUGCUUGCAGAUGUAUGAACUAUUAAAUACACAAAAAAAGCAUUC